AUGAGACUGUCUACAGGGAGGAGGUCAAAGACCUGGCAGAACAACAACCGCUCCAUGAACGUCAGCAAGACAACUGUGCCCCAUAAGAUCGGUCGUAUCAUCAAGAGCAGCCCGGCAGACCGCUGCGGGAGCCUGAAGAUUGGUGACCGGAUCCUGGCUGUCAAUGGGCAGUCCAUCAUCAGCAUGCCCCACGCUGACAUUGUCAAGCUCAUCAAAGAUGCCGGUCUCACUGUCACCCUUCACAUCAUACCAGAGGAAGAUCCCAACUCAGGGCCCAGCUCAGAGAAGCAGAGCCCCAUGACCCAGAAACACAGCCCCCAGGCACAGCCCAGCCCUGUAGCCACCGAGCCCAGCCAAGAAGCCUCCCAGGCAGGCCCAGCACCACCAACAGCCCAGCCAGGCCAAGUACUAGCAGUAGACACCCAGCCGGCCCCAGGAGCAGCCGCCCAGCCCAACCCGCCAGGGGCCCAGCAGAGCCCGGUCGCCCAGCCGCCCAGUCACCCUCCCCCAAUCUACCUCCACGAUGGAAGGUCAGAGGUGAAAGCCAGGCAGGAUGUGAAACCAGACAUCUGCCAGCCUCCGUUCACCGACUACCGGCAGCCCCCCGUCGACUACCGGCACCCUCCAGUGACUGAUUACCGGCACCCGCCCACACUGGACUACCGGCACCCUCCUCCCCUCAUCGACUACAGACAGCACUCGACAUCACUCGCUGCACAGUUUCCCCCAGACUUCCGACCACAGGACUUUGACUACUUCACGGUAGAGCUGGAGAAGAGUGUGAAGGGUUUUGGCUUCAGUAUCCGUGGGGGGCGGGAGUACAAGAUGGAUCUGUUUGUGCUGCGGCUCGCCGAGGAUGGGCCGGCCAUCCGCAAUGGCAGAAUGAGGGUGGGGGAUCAAAUCAUUGAGAUAAAUGGGGAUAGUACCCGAGACAUGACUCACGCCCGGGCCAUCGAGCUGAUCAAGGCAGGGGGGAGGUGGGUGAGACUGCUGCUGAAGAGAGGCACAGGACAGGUGCCUGAGUAUGGAAUGGUACCUUCCAACCUCUCCAUGUGCAUGAAAAGUGACACGCUAAGUUCCCCCUAUUUCUUCCUAAUGGGCCACUCUAAAGACACGCCUUCACCCCAUACUCCCCCCACCAGCUCCUUUUAGAGGCCACACCGCGUAUGGCAGCCCAUUCUCCAGACCCCAGCGCCACGAAAGGGGCUAUAGGUGGCAGGUGCACACAGCCCAGGGGCACCGUCCGUGGGCAAAUAACCCUGCAGUGGCCUGAGGAGUUGGAGGAGGGGCCCCGAGAGCCCCAACCUCUGCCGCGGCCCCCGAAAGCUAGAUGGAGGUCUGCGGAGAGGAGAGAGAGCAGCAGCACCCACCCAUGCAGGAUCCAAACACCGCCGCAUGGCCCUGGGACUCUUCCUACCUGAGUGUGAGUCUGAACGGAGGCAGUUGGGUCCGUGGGGAGGGACAUGUGAACCUACAGGAGGGGUUUGAGCUGAGAGGUCUCCAGCCAAGGGAUGAGGAAGGGGCUCUGCCGCCUCCCCUCAAACCAUGGAUGGCCCUGCAGGCAGGAGUGCAGCCGCCUUCCUAGGGCCCUGGAACCCACCUGGGGGUGACAGACUGCCCGGCACCCUGAGGUCCUGGACCUACACUGUCAGCAGGGAAAACGGAUCCGGAUCAGACUGGUUUACAUUGGAUCCGACUGGAUUCUGACUGGGUUGGACUGGCUAGCUGUACAUAGGCACCCAAGUCCUAAGUACCACUCACACCAUCAGAUGCCAGAGGAAUCUUUUAUUCUCUCUCUCUCUCACUCUCACUCUUUAAAAUCAAAACAUUUUUUUUCUUCUUGUUCUUCCCUCUUUCAAGAUGAUUAUAACCAUCACCUUCAAAACCAAAGGACAUUUUACAGCUGGUGUGUGUAAACAAAAAGAGGACUCGCUCAACUCAACACUUUAGUCCAGGUAGCCAUUUUGAAACCUGAUGAUACAAAUCCCAUUGCUAUCCCACUAGGCUCUUUGGGUGUGGGCAAGGUGAGCUAUCGACAUGUUCCUAGUUUCACCAGUCAACCCCAUCAGACCUAAAAUGGAUGGUCAGUUUCAACCACUGAUGGGAUGACACUUAUCUAAAGAGAGAUUGGAAUAUUGAGGUCGUUUGCCUAUCGUUUAACUUUCUGUGCAAUGGAGAGAAUGAUGAGAUUAUAGAACUGAGGGAGAUGGAGGGAGGGAUGUUAAUUUAAAAUCCUUCUGAAAGGUGAACCUUUUUGGACAGAGCUCUGUCGACAGACAUCACAUGCCUAUUGAUAUAUUGUGCAUACUGUAAAUGUACAAAUGUGAAAAAUAUGUACAUUUGGUCAUCUCCCAAAAAUAUGCCUAGUGUAUUUUUUAUGCAUUGUUGUAGGUACAUUUUAGAAGAACAUAAAAAUACAGAUAUCGGGACCAUAUUUUAAGAUUCAUAUUUCCAUGGCCUUGUAUUAUAUACUACAUAUUAAAGACUCUGUGUGGAGUCAGCUGACAAGGGACUAGAGUGAUGCAGGUCACAUACCCCUGUUCAAACAUUACGUGCAUAAACCAAUGGUUGCAUGCCACGUCAUCGACUGUGUCAAAGACUGACAGAUUGCUGUAGCAUAUGAUGCAGUUAGCUGAUACGUAAAAUACCAAUCCAGGCAUUGUAAAAUCUGAUGUCAGCAAUGCCUGGGCAGAGGAAUCGGCCCUCAGUGUUCUUGUGCAUGAACCACCAUCAUCAAACAGGGACUCAAAUUUCUUCUAGAAGUAGAAUAUAGAGCUGACAUCCUCACUGGGUAUAGGUAACUGCCUAAAUAAAGGAAACACCAACAUAACGUGUCUUAAUAGGGCAUUGGGCCACGACGAGCCAGAACAGCUUCAAUGCACAUUGGCAUAGAUUCCACCAGAAAUUCCAUAAUUUGGUGUUUUGUUGAUGUUGGUGGAAAAUGCUGUCUCAGGCAUCGCUCUGGAAUCUCCCACAAGUGUUCAAUUGGGUUGACAUCUGGUGACUAAGAUGGCCAUGACAUAUGGUUUACAUCAUUAUCAUGCUCAUCAAACCAUUCAGUGACCACUCGUGCCCUGAUGAUGGGCCAAAUGGCCAAAAUACUGGCCUGCCUGACAUUUUUAUACAUGACAAUUAGCAUAAUGGGCUGUUAACUGCUUAAUUAACUCAGGAACCACACCUGUGUGGAAGCACCUGUUUUCUAUAUACUUUGUAUCCCUCAUUUACUCAAGUGUUUUCAUUAUUUCGCAGUUACCUGUAGCUAACAGUUGUGUAUUUGUGUAAUUUAUUAAAAAUUGUCCAUUACCGAGUCAAAUGGAACAUUCAAGGUGGUUAAAUCCAAUUGUUUAGGAACUCUGUGAGUCAUAAUACACAACGUUUAUCAAUCAUGCAAUCAGUCAUGUUCAUAGAAAUAAACUAUCUUGAUUCUAUUUCUAUGGUCAUGUUUAGAUGGGCUAUGUAUCAGCAGCACUUGAAACAGAGAACUCUAGCUGCCCAUUCUAUAUUUCCCAUGUCUAUGCCUUUUACUGUGCUGCAUGAACCACACCACUGUGGGAGGGGAGGCAUAUGAGUCAUUGAGGAGCAGAAGGAUACAUGGGAUAUGAGGUGGGGCGGAGUGCCUUAGUGAAAGUAGAGCAGAGCUGUUAACCUGGCAAUCGCUAGCGUUUUUUUUGUAUGAGUGAGCAGAAUGCAAAACUGGUUUGAGAGAUUACAGUAUACUGUACAGUACACAUAUCAGACAGCACGCCAUACAGUAAGUGGCUAGUGCGAUGGUAUAAGCCAACUGACGCUUUUUGGCUAACAGGGCCAGAUUACGUUUUGAAACAUCCCAAAUUCACAGUGCCACAAAAUAAUUAUGAAAAUUCUGACUUCUAUAGCCUACUAGCUUUGUCAUCAUCUCAUGGGUGCCUAAAUACAUUUAGAGUAAAGUGGACUUUGGGCUUUCCUAUGGGGAUGAUGUAUAGCUUGUAGCAGAGGAUAGCCGUAGACAUGUAGAGCCCUCCAUGUUUGCACCAAACAUUAGGACUCAUACCAUAUUUCUCUCAAUGCAGAUUCACUAGACUGAGUGCAGUGUUCCAGUCCAGAUGAUAAACAUGUAAUUUCUAUGGUAUUUGUUUUUUACUGAAACUGGUUGUGUUCCAGGCCACCCAAUGCAUUGCAUCCACCAAUGGUUGUGUGCCACAUUAUAGACUGUGCAGUCAGGCAUCAGACUGCUUUAUCAUAGUAUGUGGUUAGGUGACAUUUUAAACACCUCUCCAGUCAUUGUGAGAUCUGGCAUGUGUCUCCAAUGUAGUCAGCGAGGAACGAGGACGAUAUCACUGAGCCUUCUGUGUAUCACUUGAGGCUGUUCCCUGCCUGCCUGUUGUGAGUGAUUUUGUAUACAGAAAAAAAAGUUGACUAAUGAUAAAUCUGAAGGAUGACAUGUUCAUGCAUCUACCAUUAAGCUCAGUAUACAUGUGUCGUCUUAACCAUGUAUAAUCCACCCUGUAUAGCUGUAUUCUUACAAAAUAUGGUUUACUGCACCAUUGAUACUGUAGUUUCAAAGACUGAAGUCAACAACUAUUUUUAUGAAAAUGUGGCAGUACUGAUAUAACAUUUUGGGGAAAAAAGAAAAAAAAUGUUUACCUAAAGAUAUUCUGAAAUACUGUAAAAUAAAC